ACAAAUCAGUAGAAGUGAGAGUUGACGCAACUCUCGCGAUAAGUCCGUAGUUGUUGCGGAACAGUAUGGCAGCCGUCUCGUUGAGGUCUUGCCGUAGAGGACUUUCACAAUUAUUAAGCAAUGGAGGGCUCACAGCUGUUUGUCCAAAGCGAUUUGAAGAAGUCAGAAGACACAAAUCCACAGUUCAGUUUGCGUCACGACCAAAUCUUCCAAAGCUGGCCUACAGAAAACUGAAGGGAAAGAGUCCAGGUGUGGUCUUCCUGCCAGGAUAUGCAUCCAACAUGAAUGGACAGAAAGCUGAGGCUCUGGAAGAGUUCUGCAAGUCAUUAGGUCACUCAUAUCUAAGAUUUGACUACACAGGACAUGGAGCCUCAGAGGGAGUGUUAGCAGAAGGAACCAUUGGGACCUGGAAAAAAGAUGUCCUGUAUGUGUUGGAUGAGUUAGUGGAGGGGCCACAGAUACUGGUGGGUUCCAGUAUAGGUGGCUGGCUGAUGCUGCUGGCAGCCAUUGCGAGACCAGAGAAGACCGCCGCCUUAGUGGGCGUCGCCACCGCUGCCGAUCAUCUCGUGACAUCAUUCAACUCUCUUCCGCUGGAGACUCGAAAGGAAUUUGAGGCUAAAGGGGAGUGGACGGUGCCCACCAAGCACACAGAGGAAGGCGUUUACAAGUUUAGCAUGGACUUUCUGCAAGAAGCGGAAAACCACUGUGUGCUCCAGAGCCCCAUACCCAUCACCUGUCCUGUGCGGCUCAUUCACGGGCUGAAAGACGAGGACGUCCCCUGGCACGUGUCCAUGCAGGUCGCAGAGCGAGUCCUCAGCCACGACGUGGACGUCAUUCUCAGGCGAUACGGCCAGCACCGCAUGUCUGAAAAGGAUGACAUCAAGCUCAUGGUCUACACCAUCGACGAUCUCAUAGACAAGCUGACCACUUUGGUCUGAGGAAGAGGUAGAGAUGGUCCUGAAAAUAAGGAAAAUGACUGUUAACUAGAAGGUCAACCCUCAAGGAAUUUACCAAACAGUGGCAUGUUUGUCUGCCAAAUGUGACCCUUUUUUCCCCACUAUUUUCUCCUCUCUUUGCAUCACUAUUAUGUCAGCACGAUGUUACAGCUCAUACAUUUUUGAAAGGGUUUAGCUUGUAGCUCCUCCCGAAUCUCUUCAGGUUGCAUUUCUAUGUGUUUCGGCUGGUUGUAGCGUCACACCGGUCUCUGUCGUCAUCCUUGUUUGGCUGAUUUUUCCUCUUUCCUUGAGUAGACAUACAGUUUUCCUGUGCCUUUUUAGUACUUUUCACCUGUUUUGGCCAAUAAAACCUCUGCGCACCAGACUGCAGAACUGACAUCUA